AUGGCAUUCCGCCUAGAGUUUAGUUGCACCAAUAACAUCGCAGAAUAUGAAGCUUACGCCAUUAUUCUGGAAAUGGCAUUAUCUGUGGGAGUAGAAAAGAUUAAAGUCUUUGGAGACUCCUCAAUCGUGAUCUGUCAGACUCAAGGGAGAUGGAAGACUAGAGAUGAAAAGUUAAAGCCUUAUCAAGUACAUUUAGAGCAAAUGGCUAAAUAUUUCAAAGAAAUCUCUUUUGAAUAUUUACCCAGAGAUAGCAAUCGAUUUGCGGAUGCCUUGGCUACUCUAGCUUCCGUGGUAGAAUGUGAUCCCCAGGACAAGAUCCGACCUUUUCUAGUUGAGAAAAGAACUGGCUCGGCGUACGGAGAGCCAGUUAAUCUACUCACUGAGGAUGGAAGGCCCUGGUAUGCACCGAUAGUUGAUUAUAUCAAAGAAGGGAGGUACCUUGAAUACUUCACAGAAGGGAAGAAAAGACAUCUGCUAAAACAUGCCACUCAAUUCAUUCUCCAAGGAAGCGUGCUGUAUAAAAGGUCUUAUGAUGGCAUUCAACUGCUAUGUGUAGAUGAGGAACAAGCUCAGAUCAUUAUGGAAGAAAUUCACUAA